CACACGUUUCUCUCUCUAUAAAACCCACUAGAGACUAGAGAGAGAGAGAGAGAAAGUAACAACCAAUGAUGGAAUCAGAGUCAGAGAACAGUAAUCAUCUUGUUCAGGAACCAACCUACACGCCGACGAAGCGCUCACGGCCGAGCACGCCGCCACCGCCACCGCCGCCGGAGACUGCGAUUUCGGUUCCUUUCAAGUGGGAGGAAGCACCGGGGAAGCCUAGGCAUUGCCACAGGGAAUCGGAGCCCGAGAAGAGUGCUGUUAAAACCUUGGAGCUGCCUCCGAGGUUGUUGUUUCUCUUGGAGACCAAAAACGUUGACGGGCCUUCCCCCACGACCGUCUUGGAUGGGCCUUACGUGGGCCGGGCCUUAUCUUUCACCACUUCCUAUAGGACUCCCAGGGCCCACUGGAAUUCCAACUUCGGCUCCUCCAGGUGGAGCGGUUACAAGAAGAUUAGCACUCACGACGCUGAUGAGGGCAAUUUCGACUUUUCACACCACUUCACUACUGUGCCUCAACCUAAGCCUAACGUCAAGAUCACAAGGCUUCACAGAACUCGAACCUUCUGGACUCUAUCUAAGCCAAGCUCACACAUGUGGGCAAGCAUUUAUGAAAGCUUUAAGCAAGUGGUCCCAUGGAGACGCAAGCAGCAAACACAGAAAAAAUGUGCUUCCAAAUUUGACAUUGUUUGAUCUUUUAGACUUUUAUUCUUGUCAAAUGGAGUUAUUUAAGAAAUUAUAUCCUUCUGACAAAGAAAAUGAUAUCCCCGACCCGAGCAAAAAAAAAUGUCAAUUAGUAUAUAAAUAAAAAAAAAAAUUAUUUUACAGGUAGUAGUCUUCUCUCAUAGCAUAAGGAAUCAUACUGCUUGUGUAUAUAUAUAUAUAAUAUAAUCAUAUAUGAAAUGUCAAUUAGUAUAUAA